AUGCUUCUUCGGCCAAAUACGAUAUACAAGUGGGACCUGCACUAUGAGCAAGCUGUGCGAAAAACCGCUUCUUUUUUGUCGAUCGAGCCGCUUUCCCUCAUUCCACUCGUCCAGCCCUCUUCACGAACUUGUACAAUCGAUGCCACAAAGAUAGCCAACUCUAUUAUCAAAGAAAUAAGGAAAGGGGCGACAAUUUGGCACCAGAUAUCCGGAGGUGUGGAAAGAGCAGCUGUGAGAAGCGGAAAAACCAUCAAAAAACGACGAGAGUUCGUGGAGGUUUCUACAGAAAGAUCCCUUGGUUCUGGCAAACGGAUCACAAUUACAGGUACCUGGGAGCAUACCGAUGGAAUGAACGAAAUACGAACAGUUAACAUAAUAUGGUCAUAG